UAACAGACUUGUUUCACCCUUUUAAACAAACUCAACAUGAAGCACAAUGAAAAGAGGGACAUGACAUGGUAAUGCUCACAACAGACGCCAUACACUCCCUCCCUCUUUCUUGUUUUUCAUAGGGUAUCAAUGCUGGUACUGGUGGUGCUGGUGCCAGCAGACGAUUAUUUAUAAUUAAUCUGAUAUUGUUAAUAUUUUGUUUUAGUACUAAUAGUCAAUCCCACAAAAUUGCCACAUUAUCCAUAUGGAAGUAUUCAGACAAAAAUAUCAUAAACUUUGAUUUUGUCACCUGGUUUGAGGUGCUUCUGAGGACAUCUUAAAAUAUCAAGACACAUUUAGUCGAUCACUAUGUAAUAUAGGAAUUCCCAAUGCUAAAUCGUAUGCAACUAGUCUUGUUUCAGUUUCUUUACCUUCAGUCCAGUUAAGACGAGCAAAUGCGUGAGAUUAUAUAUUGAAAACAGAAGUUGGUCUGAUGUUUCCAAAACUCUGGCAAUGAAGAUGCUGAUGAAGGUUUUCAGUCAUCCAGGUCAUGGUGCUGUGUCGUAGGCAACUGGACUCGUUUCAGUUUCCUGAGGAUAUUUAACCUCUCAUCCAAGAGGCUUUUUCAGUUCUAACUAGCUGGAGAGGAGUUGCAGGCUUUUAAACUCUUUUGGGGUGUUAAGGCCACUAGUGGAUCUUUGGUCCAACUAGCCUUAAUGAGGUUUGCUAAGGCUAGGUGAGCCCAUGUAUGAAUGGUUAGUAGGCUGUCUGGGGAGGGAACUCAGGACAGCAUUGUAGAUGGGUGAUAAGUGAUGCCUUAAGCAACCUCCUCUGUUCAAAGAUUGUUGUUCAAGUUUGACAUGGAUGGAUUCCUUUACUCCUUUUUAAACCGUUUUCACUGGACAAGAUAUUUACAUUGUUGUCUUCAACAUUGUACAAUGUCAGUGGGGAGACAAAACAAACUCUCCAUAAACGACAACACAGGAGGGCCAAGUCCUCAGGUCACGACUCUGCUGUCCACUGAUGUCUGAGGGACAAAAACCUUCCUUUGAAGACAGCAGUGUAAAUCAUCUUCAGACAAGACAGAUGGUUUUAAAGAGGAGCAAAGUAUUCCAUCCAUGUCAAACUGGAACGACCGUCCACAAACAAGUCCGAAACAGCACCUACAAAUGGCUACGAAGCACACUAACACACAAAACUGACACUCAUACUGUAAUGACAGCGAUCAGAUAUCGAUAAGCUUUAGUCCAAUCUUUACAUCACAGAAUAGUUUACAGAAUAGAAGCAUUUUGUGGCGCAUUUUGGAGUUUGGGGUUUGAAUCCAAGUGUUCCCACGGGAAUCGGCAAUCACAGACAAUGUAUUAUUACCGUUAAAGAAAUAGAUAUAAUACUUUUAUCUCGAGUUUAAAGCAGGCUGUAAGUGAAUAUCAGCCUAUAUAAUGAAGACCACCUAACGUUGACGCAUCGUUACAUUCUGACCCUUCGUAUGCGAUGAAUUCCGGCUGCAAAGAUGCCAACGGAGAGCGCAGAGACGCUGCUGUGCCGGACGUUUGGGUGGGGGAUGAGGGCAUGGAGAUCAAGAGGCAAAUCACAGGGAUGAUGAGGCUGCUGAGUGAUAAGACAGGCAGGGUGUAUCAGCGCGCAGGAGCAGAGCAAGACAGCUUCACAAAGGAGCCCCAGGAAAGGCAUCCGACCUGGGGACAACAGGCUGCACCUUUAUCUCUCGUAUCAGAGGAUCACCAGAGCAACAGCUGGAGCCCUGCUGGGGAGCCCGGGCCUUCACCUUCAUCCACAUCCACCCCCAUCCCCAACGGCCCAGUCUGUGGCCAGUACAGCACCCGCUCCAAAGCCAUGAGGAUCCUAAAUAACACCAAGGAUCUGAUCAAAGUGAAUGAUGAUGUAGUCCCUCCUGCUGUACCAGAAGCCCCCUGCUGCAUGUGUAACUGUAAGGGCACCUUGCAGGCUAUUUUGCAGGAAAUGAGAGCCAUGAGGAGGCUGAUGCAGACUCAAAAAGCAUCCUUGGAAAGACAAGAACUCACAGCAUCACCAUGCCAACCUCGUCUUUGUCCAGGCCCCAUUCCUCGCUGUAGGCCCCGCAAGAGGAGGCCGAUCUAUAAAGUGGCGCCGCUCACUGUGUCUAGUGCUAGAAGAGCUUCUCCUGGCCCUCCGGAGACAUCGCCACUUAUAGCUGCACCUGCAGAAACUGGAAAGGGCAAAGAUUGUGAGAAAGAGCAAGACUCAUCUACCCACAACUGUCACCCAGGCUCCUCCGGGGUUUCUGUGCUGCCACCACAGAACAAGCCAGCGACUGUCAACAGCACACACAGCACUCUGCUGAACCAGCUGAGGGAACCACAGUCGUUAGAGUCUGAGGUGCGUCUGGCAGAGGAUCAUGACGUGUUCAUCUCAAAGGCUCAGCUGGACUCCAUUCUGGUCAACUAUACACGCUCUGGCAGCCUGCUGUUCAGGAAACUGGUGUGUGCCUUCUUCGACGAUGCCACCCUGGCUAACUCCUUGCCAAAUGGUAAAAGGAAGAGAGGGCUCAAUGAUAACCGCAAGGGCUUGGACCAGAACAUCGUGGGUGCCAUUAAAGUGUUUACAGAGAAAUACUGCACUGAACACAGAAUAGAGAAGUUGCCCGGGCCACGAGACUGGGUUCAGAUCCUUCAAGACCAGAUCAAACUUGCCAGAAGGAGACUGAAAAGAGAUGCUGCAGAAGCAGAGGAAGUCUUAAAUGGACCGUCCACAAGUUGUGACUACAACAAGCCGGCUGGUGUGAAGGGGGCAGUGGUGAACAUGACGGGUUGAUUCAAGGGCUGCCACAAUGGCCUUACUGCAGAUGUGCUGAUUGUCUUCAUUACUUCUCUAACUUGAUGCAUUUUGCCACUUUAGCUCUGUGUUAUGGAUAUUAAGGGUGGUGGGAAAAAACCCAAUAGGACCAAAUGAAGGAGACGCCUGCGUAACGAUAUCCUCUCACACACAUGUAAACACACUCCAGCUUUUGUGAUUCUUAAGACUUUUCAUGGGACUCAUACUGGGACCUGGGAUAGACAUUAAACUAUACCAUUGUUAAAAAUGUCAAGCCAUGUUCAUGUUUAAAGGCGACUUACUGUUUACAUCAUAGGCUAUAGCUUUAAAAUGCCUAGUUCUCAUGUGUCACUACACGGGGGAGUCCGAAUCGAGACAAAGUACUGUAACAGUAUAACAUUCAUAUAUUUUGCACAAAUUAUUAAGGGAAGUUGUCCAUUGUUGAUUGUGCCUUUUAAGUGAGCAGUACUUUAAUGGGUGUUAUGUGCAUGUCCACCUCAAUUACAAACUACAUCCAAAAGUAAACAAUUGACGGGUUUUUAAGCCAAUUUCUCUAAUUAAAAUAGGUGGAUAGGCCACAUCUGGCUGAAAAUAUAUAAAUAUACAGUCUUCUAUGUUUGUUUUCAUUAUUAGACUUUCUAGGCUAUGCAUAUCAGUGCUAUUGUCGUUAAUACUGUGAUGGAAUUAAAGCAUUUUUUAAUUUUAUUUCUGCUCACUGUGCACACGAAAUGAGUAACUGUUUCCAUUACUGAAUAUGUUUUCUUGACUAUUUCUGUUUUAUGUAAUUUCUCCACAUACUCGUCAUUAAAAUCAAGAAAAUAAAUGACAAAAACUCCA